AAUCUAAUCCGAUAUCGGCUGGAUUUUUCUAUAGCGUGUUUUGACUACAACAUGAUUGGUUACGUCAAUAAGUUAUUAAAAAGACUUACUGAAAUAAGAACAUGAAAACACGAGAAUACCUCAAGCAUAUAUCUUUGUUACUUGAUAUAAACAUUACGGCUGGUACGAUUUGCGCAGGCGCGUACUGUGAUGAUCUGGUUACAAUAACAUAGUCUAGUUUCAAUUCGAUCCGACCGCUCACUUGCUUGACAAGCAUACUUAGCUGAUUUUAAUCUGGUGAUACUUCUUUUAUGAUCAACAUGGUGAAAUUUAUUGAAAACCUGAAUGAGUUCAAGGAUGUGAUGAGGAACAGUGAAGGGAAACUAGUGGUGGUAGAUUUCACUGCUUCGUGGUGCGGUCCAUGCAAGCACAUUGCUCCUAAGUUCGAGCAACUUUCGAAGGACAACACAGACGUUCUCUUUUUCAAGGUUGACGUCGAUGCAAAUAGCGAGACAUCCGAAGACCAAGAAAUCAGCUGUAUGCCGACGUUUAAGUUCUACAAAAACGGUGAAGUGCUCCACGUCAUGGAAGGUGCCGAUGAAAAAGGACUCGUGGCAAAAAUCUUGGAGCUGAAGUAAUCAACAGCCGUCGUCAUGGUGACAAAUGGCAGCCUGGCUCUGUGCAAGUCCUUCAGAAGUCUUUAUUGAAUAUAUUUGUAUAGACUGAUGACUGUAUCUCCUUUACUUUAUGUCAUGUAGCUGAUUGUUUAAGUUGAUUUAUUUAUUGAGAUGGCCCUAUAUUGUAUAUGUGAUGUGUAAGGUUAUGUUUGACAAUGUCAUUAUAUUUUCAUAUCACUAUUAUUCAUUAUUUUGAAUUCAACUGUAAAACUUGGUGUAUAAAAAUAGAAGUCUUUUA